UCUUCAUCCUCCUCCUCCUCUUCUUCAUCCUCCUCUUCUUCAUCCUCCUCCUCCUCAUCCUCCUCCUCCUCCUCCUUCUCCUCUUCUUCAUCCUCCUCCUCUUCAUCCUCCUCCUCCUUCUCCUCUUCUUCAUCCUCCUCCUCCUCCUCCUCCUCCUCCUCUUCAUCCUCCUCCUCAUCCUCUUCUUCAUCCUCCUCCUCCUCAUCCUCCUCUUCAUCCUCCUCCUCCUCCUCCUCCUCCUCCUCCUCCUCCUCUUCUUCAUCCUCCUCUUCUUCAUCCUCCUCCUCCUCCUCAUCCUCUUCCUCCUCAUCCUCUUCUUCAUCCUCCUCCUCCUCAUCCUCCUCUUCAUCCUCCUCCUCUACCUCCUCC